GGAAACUUGACAGAAAAUAAUUGAAUUCGCUACAUAGACGCGUCACGAUAUCAGCAAAGAUGACGGCCCUUCCUCUAGAGGUCAUAGACAUUAUCUUGUCGUACAUCGCAGAAGAAGACUACGCGUAUCAAGUCUCUAGGAGAGUAGAACGCAUGAAGACCGGAAAACGGUGCCCUCCCGCCAACACCAUAGCCUGUUUACGACUGGUGAACAAGAGCUUCUGCACCUUGAUGUCCCGGCACCUGUUUCGCAACGUGAUGGUCGAGAUCCCUAAAUACGAGCGCCUGGCCAAGAUCUGCAGCAGUGAGUACGCUGGCUAUGUUCGCCAGCUCGAAAUUGGAUUCGGAAGCCGUGAUGAGGGCCUGCUUGAGCAUAUCGAUCUCCUCGCGACGUCCAUAACAAAACUGCGUAACAUCGAGGCUUUGCAAGUGACCUUGGGCGCCAGCAUAGAUUACCCGGACUCGAAGAUCCAAUUGCUCCUCCACAGCAUCCUACAAUGUGCUGCUACAACACCGAGAUUGACGAGCUUGAAGCUGACACUCCCCACCCUUGACAUGUUCACGGGAUCGGUCCUUUACACUUUGCAAGAGCCACUGGAACAAGUCCUGCGACAGCUCCGUCAUCUGCAGAUUGGCUCUUGGUACAGUGGACGGGUGUUUAUGCAUGGUGGGAGCCCGGCUUCUCCUCGUCUAAACUUCACAACUUGGUUCCUCGGCUUAGUCGAGUCAGCCGUGCAUGAUCAGGCGACGCGGUUUGUGCCGCUCGAGCGACCAGUCUCGCCUGCUCUGCAUCUCGAAACCCUUCAUCUUGAGGCGAGCAGCGUCUCUUUUCAAACUUUGGUCUCCGUCUUAGAGCAGGUUAAGCACUUAAUUUGUCUCCUUAAUUUCAGGAAUGUCACACUCAUUGACGGGGCGUGGCACGACAUUUUGUCCCUGGCAAUUCAGAUGCCCAAGCUGACGGAAUUCACCUUCAUCGAUUGCAAAUCCCCGGCACCCUUUUCCACACACUUCACACGCACAAACUUCACUUUCCCCCUGUUAACCCCCCUACAUCUUAAGCCGCAAAUAUUGAAAUCGUAUCUAUUGUCAUGGUGUAAGGUAGCAGCUGCUGCCCCUCUCGAUUUCAUCCGCCAGCAUACAGAUCCCAGGAAUUUCUGGGCCAUCAAACCGGCGUCAGCCGACAGGAAUGGGCAAAGUUGGCAAGAUCAAGUCCGUGCCAUGUACAAGCAAUUCGAGAUACAAUACCAGCACCACCACCACAACAACAACUUUCCCAUGACCACGACCACGAUUGACAUAGUUGAGAAGAGGGCGAGAAGCCUAGCUAAGUUUGCAAUCCUUCCAAAAGAGCUUAAACCCGUUUGUCGGACGCUUCUGCGUCAUGUCGAUGCCAACCGGAAAGCCCGCGGCAUGAAGCCAAUGCUGGACCUCGGGCCGGAUUUGUACGCGUGGAAUACGGUGGGGUUGGAGGGAUGA